AAAAGAAAAAAGAAGAAGGAGAAAACGCAGCUUAUCCUAUCUGAUUGUGUCACACUCUGGCAGCUCCAGCUCCAGCUACACUCUUUCUGUUAUCCAUGGCAGCGUCCCCGCUCUUUCUUUCGUCAAGCCCCGCCCUGCGUUUCCCUUCUUCGCCAUUCAAGGGAAAUGUGAGUAACUUGAGGCCAAGCUUAUGUUCAAUCCCCUCGCUCAAGACGACGACUUCUCCUCCUCCUCAGAGAAGACAGCUGGUGGUUGUGAACAAGGCGGCCGCGGCGGUAGUCGGGGCUCCGACUGGGAACGUCCGGUUCAGGCUGGACAACUUGGGCCCUCAACCCGGGUCCAGAAAGAAGGGUAAGAGAAAGGGAAGAGGUAUUGCUGCUGGGCAAGGCAACAGCUGCGGGUUCGGUAUGCGGGGACAGAAGUCCCGGUCCGGACCGGGUGUCCGGCCCGGAUUUGAAGGUGGACAGAUGCCGCUCUAUCGUCGAAUUCCCAAGCUCAAGGGAAUUGCUGGAGGUAUGCGUAAGGGGUUGCCUAAAUAUGUGCCUGUGAACUUGAAAGAUAUAGAGGAUGCAGGGUUUGAAGAAGGAGAAGAAGUUUCGUUAGAGAGUUUGAAGGACAAGGGGUUGAUCAACCCUUCGGGGAGAGAGAGGAAACUCCCUUUGAAGAUUCUUGGUGAUGGGGAACUCAAAGUGAAGCUGAGCUUUAAGGCUCGGGCUUUUUCUGCAGCGGCGAAGGAGAAGCUUGAGGCUGCUGGCUGUAGUCUCACUGUUUUACUGGGCCGGAAGAAGUGGGUAAAGCCAUCAGUUGCUAAGAACAUUGCCCGUGCUGACGAAUACUUUGCCAAGAAAAGAGCAGCCGCAGCUGCUGCUGCUGAAUCACCAUCUGCUUAGUCCCACUUCUUGGCCACACUGUUGAAACUUGUAGGCGGAGUAGUACAUGGUAACACAUUUAAGGCUGUUCAAUUUUUUCAUCCCUGUUAUUCUUUUUGUUUACCAGUUCAGGAUACCGUCUGUUGUUUCAUAUAUAAAUAUCGAAAGUAAUCUCGUCAAUCCUUCAAAUUCAAACCUCAUCACC